AUGGCGAUAGUCGAAUCACUAGAAGAGAUUCCGGUGCAAAACCCGCAAGUAGAAGACUUCUCAUGGUCUGAUUUAACCUGGACCAAAUUCGGCACAUCGGAGCAUCACGACGUCGUCGCACUGAUCCCUUACGCGAGAGUCGACGAAUUCAUCAUCGGAGAAUGCUCCAACGCAGAGUGCCCCACUCGAUUUCACAUCGAAAGAGGAAGGAAACGAUCUCGAGGCAGCCUCAAGGACUUCAAAAGCGACGAAUACUUAGAAUACAGACUGUAUUGGUGUUCGUUUGGUCCCGAGAACUACGGAGAAGGAGGCGGAGUUUUGCCCAGUAGAAAAUACCGUCUCAACACCAGAAACCGAGCCGCUCGUCCUCAAUCGAUGAGAGGAUGUACAUGCCAUUUCGUGGUGAAGCGUCUCUACGCUCGUCCUUCUCUCGCGCUGCUCGUAUACAACGAGAGACGCCAUGUGAACAAAUCCGGCUUCACCUGCCAUGGACCUCUCGACAGAGACGCGAUUGGCCCCGGCGCUAAGAAGAUCCCGUACAUAUGCAACGAGAUCCAGCAGCAGACCAUGUCGAUGAUCUAUCUCGGGAUCCCUGAAGAGAACGUUCUGGAGAAACACAUUGAAGGGAUUCAGAGGUAUUGUGGGGAUGAUGAUACGGUUAAUAGUCUUGCCUCUCAGUAUGUGCAUAAACUUGGGAUGAUCAUCAAACGUUCGACUCAUGAGCUUGACUUGGAUGAUCAAGAGAGUAUCAAGAUUUGGGCUGAGAGGAACAAGAAAUCGAUCUUUUUGCAUCAGGAAGCUUCGGAGACUGAUCAGUUCAUGCUUGGGAUUCAAACGGAGUGGCAGUUGCAGCAGUUCGUUCGUUUUGGGCAUUGUAGUCUCGUUGCAGCUGAUUCAACAUUUGGGAUAAAGAGACUAAAGUAUCCUCUAUGCACGCUUCUUGUAUUUGAUUCAAGACAUCAUGCUCUGCCUAUCGCUUGGAUUAUCUCUCGUAGCUACCUGAAAUCUGAUGUUGAGAAGUGGAUGAAGAUACUGCUCAAACGCGCACGGAGUGUUGAGCCUGGCUUUAAGAUCAAUGGCUUCAUUGUUGAUGAUGCUGCAACAGAGAUUGAUCCCAUAAGGGAGACGUUUUCUUGCCCUAUCCUCUUCUCUCUGUGGCGUAUUCGCAGAUCUUGGCUUAGGAAUGUAGUGAAGAAGUGUGAUACCAUUGAGGUCCAGAGACAGUUGUUCAAGUGUUUAGGAGAAGUUGUGUAUAGCAUUUGGGAUGAUGGAGUAGAUACAUCAAAGGCUUUAGAAAGGUUAACUCAGGAUUUUACUGAUCAAACCGGAUUCAUGCAGUACUUCACAUCCACUUGGUUACCUAAAAUAGGAAUGUGGCUAUCAACUAUGAAAAGUCUUCCACUUGCAAGCCAAGAAGCGUGUGGUGCUAUAGAAGCUUACCAUGUGAAGCUUAAAGUUAAACUGUUUGACGACACACACCUAAAUGCGCUUCAGAGAGUUGAUUGGUUAGUGCACAAGCUGACGACUGAGCUCCAUUCGAGCUAUUGGCUUGAUCGUUACGCUGACGAAAGUGAUUCGUUCCAAAACGUUAAAGAAGAGUACAUUGCUUCUACUUCAUGGCACAGAGCUUCAGAGAUUCCAGACUCUGCUGUUACACUAGACAGUAAUGAUAACACCGUUGCUGCAAAGGUUCAGUCUCAGAGAGACGUUGAGGUAACACGAGUUGUGUCGAAUCCAGGUUCGGAGUUUGCCUUCUGCGAUUGCGCUUGGUCUUUGCAAGGGAACUUAUGCAAGCACAUCGUUAAAGUGAAUACGAUGUGUGAGAACCGUGAAGGAUAUGGUGACUCAAUGUCAUUGAGGUCGUUUAAAGAGAAACUGAGAAGCAUAAAGAUGAAACCUAUGGAUGACUCGAUAUCCUUGGACCUGUCGAUGGCCUUGACGCUGCAUAUGCUUGAUCAGAUUAAGCAGCUGGUGGAGUUAAGUGGAACGGAUGAUAUCAGCAAGAUAGUGAAUGAUUUGCCUGUGAAAUGGGGUUGCAAGAGAGGAAGAACAACCGUAGGCAUACCUGCUUCUAUGGCUGCGUUUACAAAGAAAAGGAGUCAGAAACGAAAGCGAUGA